GCUUUCAUUAAUUUCUGCCAACAAAGACCGUGAAUCAUAGCCACACCGUUCGCGUCGAACAUUUAGGUCGGACGCAGCAAUUCAUGCGAUGUAAGUGUCUUUGUAAUCCUCAUUUACUACCUUAUGCAAAAAGGAGCAACAUCUUCGAUACCCACGACAACGGAAGUCGCCGACGUCAUGGCGUUUCCAUCAGCUGGAACCACUUUCGCGCCAUCGUUCAAUAUCACGCGGCAAGUUCGAAGAGAAGCAUGGAGACUCCUCAACUGAUAUUCCAUCAACUUUGAGAGUUAGCGUUUAUGAAAAAAU